AUGUCUUCGCCGUCACCGUCCACACCUCCAGACUCCCCUCCCGCGUUCAAUACUGCUUUCCAGGGAGAGUUACCUGUGACGCCUCUCAGGAGGUACAAAGAUAUCCCUGCGGCACAUUUGCUCUUCACGGACGACGACGACGAUGACGAUGACGACAACGACACACCUCGGGCCAAAAUGCUCGGCUUGCGUGCCUCAUUGCUUGUUGUUGAUGAUCCACAGACUCCCUCCCCUGUGGGUCGUUCUUCCACCCGUUACCGGAAGAAAGCCGAUGAUGCGACGGCGCAACCGACUUUGGAUCCCUCCCCUAAUGCUGAUAUUGACUGUGGAGAUGUUCCAUGUGACGACAAUUCGACCCACAGCGCGAAUGAUUGGGUAUCACCAUUGCCUUUAGUAGCUCCCAGCUCCGAAUCUGUCAGGAUCCACUCGCUGCAUGAUCUACUCCGAGUGACACUACCAGAGAACCCCCCACCGUAUCGCAACUCUGCGCUGAAAGGCAUGAAGACUAUAACAAAGAAUGAGUUGGCGAUUAGCCACGUAGCUCAGCUCAAGAAAGUAGUUUAUGUGGAGGACCUGGUCACACAACUUCGCGACCAAGCUGAGAAGCAGCUCAGGAAUCUCAAGCUUGACGGGAAUGUACUGGAUCCAGAUGUAUUCUGCAUUUGCCAGAUCCACCCUUACCUCACUGGAAAGAAUUUACCCCGGAAGAUCCACAGUGAAAAAGAUACAGAGGAUUGGUGUAAUGCCGUUCUAUUCAGACCGGCCCUUGCCGCCUUGCGUUGCGUCAUAGCGAAGAAGAUCAUUCACAACUUUGAAGGCGAAUUUCCUUACAUCUCAUCGGCCCCAGGUCGUGAAGUUAUUCCAGAUGGAAUCCUUGUCGAGGAACGUACCGUUCCCAUUCAAGAGUCUGGUUCAAGCUUCUGGAACAUACAGGACGGAAAGGUAAUUCUUACAAUCGAGGUCAAAACCCAGCCGGCUUGGGAGAAGAUGGACUUCCACGAGCUUCAGACUCGUCCAGUGUAUCUUGAGAGAGGGACAGCGAUGCGUUUUGUCUGGCCAACUGAGGAUGACAAGAAUCCAGAUGAGCAAACAAGGUUGCUUGUACAGGCGUGGACUCACAUGGUGAAGUCAGUGCACGGCAUCGAGAUUCUUUCCACUUUACACUUGACUACAUUCUUGGUGCGAGGCCGAAAUGAAGAUAACAGCGACACACUGUACAUUUCGCCGAGCUAUGAUCGUGAAUCAUGCCCGAUCUAUGCAGUUUACUGCUGGUUUGCCUUGGCAAGGGGUAUCAUAAGUUUUGAGAGCUUGAACCUCCCUGCUCCCAUCACGGCUCAAUGGCCCAAAUCAGCCCACGAUGAAUAUCAUGAGACUUGCGGGAUAUUGGCUGCAACACGAUACGACCGCUGUGGACCUCCUGUGACUCCCACUAUUGCCCGUGGUGUGGCCACACGGUCUCAGGGACCUGCAGUUUUCGGAGCACUAUAG